UAAUAUUUUACAGGGGACUGUUAAUUAAAACGCGCUGCGUCACCUGCGUCCUCAAGCUUGUGCGCAUGUCAGGCCUCAGCAGGUAACAGAUGGUCGCUUUGAGAGGACUUUAUCGCAGGUUCUCUCACCUGGCGAAAGUUGCAGCACAGAAGCAAUUCAGGAAAUAUGACAAGCGGUGCCCCACAAUCAGUGGCGUCAUGGCGGAUAAGAAGAGCCAGGCUGUGUCAGAUGGAGAGUUGAACAUGUCUGCACGGGGCUGUGGAGGCAGCAGCUCCAGUCUUCCAGGGACUCCGGGUGGAGAGGCUGGCCCAGCCAGCAACGUGCUGAGCUGGGCCCUCUCAUUCGAGAAGCUGUUGGAGGACCCCUGUGGAGUGUACUACUUUACGUCCUUUUUGAGGUCAGAGGUGAGUGCGGAGAACAUUUUAUUCUGGCAGGUGUGUGAGAAGUUCAGGAAGAUCCCAGACACAAAAUUGGAUGAGCUGAAAGCAGAAGCUCGCUCCAUCUAUAACACCUACCUGUCAGAGAGCGCUCCCUACUCCAUCAACAUUGAUGACACGGCCAAGACCGAGGAGAAGGACCUGGAACAGCCCACACCUGACAUGUUCAACAAGGCUCAAACACAGAUAUUUAAACUGAUGAAGAUGGACAGCUACAGGCGCUUUGUGCGCUCUCCCCUCUACCACAGCUGCACCAUGGCACCUCAGCCAAUCCGCAUGGGAUCCUGUGAGAACAUGGCCAGCAGAAGCCCCUCGUUAAGUGACAAGAAGAGCAAGAUGUCAGACUUCCACAGCUUGCCAGGUGGCAAGAGCGCCUCAGAGAAACAUCAUCAUAAAAGAGGAUCCUGGGGAGAUGCAUCAAACAUCCACGGUGUAGUCAAGGCGAGCAGCAGUGUGGAGCUCGGCUCCCUCUACAGGCAGAUAGAGAAUGGCAGAUCGAGUCCCCGGUCUCCGGAGCAGGGCGGUCGGUUAGGAGUGGAGGGAGGCUAUUGCUGUGUGUACCUGCCCGACGGCAGUGCCUCCCUGGCACCGACGCGUAAUGGCCAGCCCAUCAAAGAUAUGCUGUCCAGCCUGUGUGAGAAGAGAGGCUUCCCACUGAAAGAUGUCAUCAUCUACCUUCAUGGCAAGGACAAGCAGCCCUUAUCACUGGACCAGGACUGCUCUGUACUGAGGGAUCAACAGGUCUCUCUGGAGCUCAGGGUGACGUUUGCGCUGGAGAUUGCCUUCACUGGUAAGACAGUGGGGAUCAUGGUGAAGUCUAGUAAGACGCUGCAGGACGCCCUCUCUGCUGUGCUACAGAAACACCAUCUCAAGCAGCAAGAGGCCCUGGUCACCAUGGUUGGAAGCAACGAGCCCUUGAACAUGAGCAGCACCGUGUUCAGACUGGCCAAUAAGACGCUACGGCUUGACAAAGCCAAAGGAAGAGACACUUCCAGAGCCAGUAGUACAACUGCAGCCACACAGGGAGGAGCAGGUGGACCGGAGGCCAAAUCCUCACUGCAGGGGGACCGAACCAAGACUCAACCCAAGCCCAGUAAGAACCGCGACAUGGAUGGGCUUCUGGACAUGCUGACGAGGGCUCAGUGCUCCAGGGUCGAUGACCAACGAGGUCUUCUGACCAAAGAGCAGCUGCAGGUGCCUCUGUUCCUCCAGCUUUCCUCAGAUCAGGGACAGGGUACAGAGCCAGAUGUGGCCAGCACAACCAGCUCCUCCAACGCGGACUCCAAAGAGGUCAAAGAAGACAAGGCGUCAUUAACUCCAGGUUCAGCUGGAGCGGCGGAGGAAACCCCAGACUCUGCUCAGUCUGAAACCAAAGACAUGAGGGAAACAGCAGUUUGAAAGACUUUAGUGUGUGGGGGUGGACACAGACAUGAUCCAAAACUACAACAAAACAUCAUGUUACCAAUCAUGUCUUUUUUGUGUGUGGAAAAAAUGGUCAAGCACUUUUUAAAAAAUCGUUUACAAAUAAGCUCUGAGACAGCAGUGCGCUACCAUCUCUGCUACUGAUAAUUAGGCCUCUUGAGGGCAGUAUGUACAGAAGAAAGAUCAUGGCGAGCAUUUAUAGUGUCAUUUCAAAACACUACACGUUUUAAUGAGAAAAAAUGUUUGCUAUGAAUUGUUUAAUGUAACCCCAAAAAUAUUUGAAAACAAGUUUUAGCUCAACAUUUCACCCUGGAGCCAGCAUGUUUGUUCCCUGAUGUUUAUUACUGUUGACUUAGCUUUUUUUAUUCCUCUCAUUGCUUUUCUUUGAACUCUAAGCAAAAACGUGUUUCUUCACAGGACUGUCCAUGAGGGGAGGGUUUGAAGUGUAUUGCACAAUCGUUUUCUUCUUUAUUUGAAUUAAGAUUAUUGAAUAUUUUUUACUAAGAUGAGUUUUAAAUAUUUUAACUUACUAAUUUUCAUUUUGCGUGCUUACUUGCUCAUUUUCAACUGUGUGUUUGCGGUACUUAAAAAUGCAUUUUGUUUGCUGUGAUGGCACUUUGAGAAGCCCCGGUCAGGUCCUGCUACGUCUCAGGGUUCAGAUCAGAUCAUGUAUUAGUAAUGUGAUAUUACAGGGAAUGAAUCAGAUGAUGUGAUCAUCAAAAAUAUCCCACAGGGUGUAUUCAAAGAAUUAAAGUGUCUGUUGAUGUUAA